GUGUUCUAAUUACAAUGGAAAUGGGCCAGAUCCCGACUCGCACUCUCGCUCCGCACCUUCAACCGAAAACAUCCCUCGUCUGUCUCUAUGUAAAUUUUCCAAAUCUAUAAAGUACAGCCCACCUGCCUCCGCAAUCCGGCCUCCAGGCUCGUUCUUCGUGGAGAGGCUGCGACAUGCCUUGCAUAUUUAAUCCAGGCUACAUCGGACCCGAUCCGCCAUGUUGCGACACCGACUGCAUGGAGGAAAAUAACUGCCCGAAUCCGGCCUGUGAUGUUUGUCCGGAGGCGCAGCUCCCGUGCUGCAGUCCCGCCCGACCGAAGAAGGAGCCGGAGAAUUACAAGCCCAAGGAAGAGCAGAAGUCAAAACCUUAGAGGGUGCUUACCAGGAUGACGUCUUGAGAGAGGACUCGGAUUUGCAGAGUGCUUGGACGGUUCACCUAUUAAUUUUCCAAUAAUAUAAUGAGAAAUAAACACAUUUUAGAUGAGA